AUCGUUGAGCGGCUGGGACUUUGCCGCAGUAGGUGGCUGCGAGAGGUAGGGAGGUCGGUGGGCCGCGUCGCGUCGCCUCAGGUCCGUAGCUUUGCCUCCCUCUCCUGUUCUGCCGCGGGCCCACGAUGCCACAGUACCAGACCUGGGAGGAGUUCAGUCGCGCAGCGGAGAAGCUCUACCUCGCAGACCCUAUGAAGGCACGUGUGGUUCUCAAAUAUAGGCAUUCUGAUGGGAGUUUGUGUAUUAAAGUAACAGAUGAUUUAGUUUGUUUGGUGUAUAGAACAGACCAAGCUCAAGAUGUAAAGAAGAUUGAGAAAUUCCACAGUCAACUAAUGCGACUUAUGGUGGCCAAGGAAUCCCGCAGUGUUGCCAUGGAAACAGACUGAAUGGUUUGAAAUGAAGACUGUCUUGUUCCUAGGAAAAACGUCUGCUGUUACUUUAAAUGCAUGAACAGAAUGCUCACUAAUGGAUCGAAACCACCAUAUUACAGGAAUAUUUGCCACAUAUUUGCCAUCUAUAUUUUCUCAGAAGGGCUAAGGAUUAUUUGAACUGUUAAAUUUUUGCAUACCUCUCUGACACCCCAACCCAUUUCUCUCAUUACUUAACCAAGGUGUUAAGCAUGACUCUCACAACUGUUCUCCAUUAAAUCAGAAGUAUGAUAUUAUUUGAUAUUUAUCUUAUAUUUGUAACCUGAGUUUUACCACCUGAAUAUAAUGUUCACAUGUUGAUUCUUACAUUAAAAUAUUUUUUGUUAGGGA